CGCAAGGAGUCCCUAUCUCGACACCUUCACUUUUCUUUGUACGUUUUAUAUCUCCUCUCUCCUCAACCUUGCCUUCCCGGAAUCCCUUCUUUGUUCUCGCUUCUGUUAGUGUAGCGGGUGCCUGGAUUGAUUGUUUGAUUGGCUGAUUGAUUGAUUGAUGAUGAUUAAUUGACGUCUCUUCUCCCGUUAUGGAUCUACGGGUUGAUUAUCAUGUCAACAACAGCGACGGGAGCACAGGUCUUUAAUUUUGCCUUGUUUCUGCGAUUGAUCAUCCGUCUUUCGUUCUCCUCUCCGUUAUUCUUUAAGGCGAUGACGCGAGUAUCAAAUUGUGCACAAGGCGAUGACUACCACCGGUUACAACUCCUCUGCACGAUCGACCAUGCUCUUCCUUCCUUUCCCUUCCUCUUUUCUUCACGGCUGUCGGUUGCUGCAUGCAGUGUUAUAGAUAGAUACAGGCUUACGUGGGUGCAGCCGAGGAGUGCUAGCACGCACACACGGUUUUAACGUGAAAGCUAUGUGGCGAAGGAAUUGGUUGAGAGAGAUGGAGGGAGAGAGAGAGAGAGAGAGACGGGUUUCUUCACCGCCCGACAGCUGUAGGUAAGGAUCACUCUAUCAGCAACACUGCCCGACACGGUGGGUUGUCUUUCGGUAAAGUCUUACCACUCGUGUUAACCAUUGUGAUUGCUAUGCUCGUCUGUCCCAAAGGCCCUUCGUAAGUUGUUCACGGUUGUAAGAGCGGCUGACGGUCGGUGGGAUGCGUUGACCUGACUCGCACUUCGGAAGUUGUUGCACUUUGAUCCUUCUCUCGGUGAUUCGGUGCUGUCAUGCGCCAGAUGUCGACGAGAAGAAGAGCACUGACUGGAGGAGCAGACCGUCUCUGUCCUAUAUUAUUCCAAGGUAGUCUGCGGUGCGACCGUUCAACAUGUGAUUUGGGGGAAACGACAGAAAUGGGAAGGGGCGAUCGACAGGUAAUGAGAGACGAGUAAAGAACGAAAACAUAUACAAAAGCGUGUGGCAAAUACCGGCAGUGACGCGCACACUGCGUGUGUGUGUGUGUGUGUGAGAGAGAGAGAGAGAGAGAGAGAGAGAGAGAUGAUUGGCAAUGUAUGGCAGAUGAGAGAUGGAAGAGGCAGGAUUUGCGUCGUUCUUUAGAUAUGAUGCGUAGACAGAAAGGGAAAGGGGCGAUCGACAGGUAGAGAGAUGAUUAAAGAACGAAAACAUAUACGAAAGCAUGUGGCAAAUACGGGCAGUGGCGCGCACACACUGCGUGUGUGUGUGUGUGUGUGUGUGUGUGUGUGCGAGAGAGAGAGAGAGAGAGAGAUGACUGGCAAUGUAUGGCCGAUGAGAGAUGGAGGAGGCUGGAUUUGCGUUGUUCUUUAGAUUUGAUGCGUAUUAGGAAGAGGAGGAUAAUCGACAAAUGAUUGCGCAGUAUUCCCUUGUAGACAGAUGGUUGUUAAAAUUCUGACUCGGUUCAGAUUUGACGGAACAUAAACUGAAGAGCGGAGGGUGGUUGCGCGGAUGGUGGAGUCUUUCACAUGUGGAGCUUGUUGGGCUGCUCGGCUAUCCAGCAACGUCAAGGCUCAAUUCUCUCUCUCUUGAGCCCUCUUCGGUGUAACAGAUAUGGAAUACAUGUACGGGUUCAUGUACGGGUUCAUGUACGGGUUCAUGUACAUAUAGCCUGCACAGUGGUGGUAUGUAAUCGGCGCUGACAAGCCCAUAUCGAAUCGUUAAGAAGCGCGAUUGAUUGAUCGAUCGAUUGAUUGAUGAAUUGGUAGAUGGAUUGUCUAGCGGUUGAUCUUGAAGUGAGCGGUUCAAAGAGCCAAUCGUUUUGCGAGGAAUACGUAACUCCUUGUGAACCACUCCGUACUGUAAUUGAACGACUCCGUACAGUAAUCCAACGACUCCGUACAGUAAUCCAUAAUGGUGUCCUAAUGAUGAAGAUCAUCUUCCCUGUAAAAUCCACUGUACAUGAACGAAUACAUUUAUAUCGUCCUCGGAUUUGUAGAUUGCAUCUUUCGCGCAUGAUUGGACUCGAGUCGAUCGAAAAAUAUUGGCGGCUUAGUGACGAAAUCCUUACAUGUAUUCUGUUCUAUGGUAGGGAAGAGUGAAGUCAAGCCUUUCGAGGUACGUAGUACCCUCUGAUUCGAUUCCAUAGGAACCACUUCGUUUAUAAUGCAAGUGUUGUAGCUUCGCGUUCUAAUUUCUUCUAUCCUUCAUUGUAAUCGGAUACUCCCCAUACUCCCCAUACUCCCCUCCCUCCCCCCCGCGCCCCCCCCUUCCCCCUGGUGCCACCGCUGUCGCUAAGUUUCUGUUAGUUCUUUUUGUUGAUUGUAUGCCCACGGUUCGUGGGGUCAAGUCCUGAUGAGCAAACACCUAGGUAAUUAGGUAUGUUGAUGAGUACAGAGGUGCGCGAGCGAGCGAGCGAGCGAGAGAGAUCAUAGGCUAGUGUAGUCGGCGGUCAGUUGAUCAGCGGGAGUUUCUGGUGGCAGGGUGUUGUUUCAAUGAAGGGGAGGAUGGGUGGAGUUGAUUGAAGGGGUUGUAGGUGAUUGGUAUGGUGGAGAAGAGAGCGCUCGUUUUUCGUUUUUUUUUUUCCAUGUCCCUUUCCGUUUUUUUUCAUUCCCUUUUGCUCGGAAGCGCAGGCUGACCCAGGUUUGCGUUUCUCUCGAUGGAGCUCGGCGCGGCGGUCGAGAAAGACUCGCGGUUGUAUUGGAUAUCAUCAUCAAGUUGGCUUGCCGACUGGUUCGCCAGAGUUCAAGUUGUACUUACAGCGCUAGCAGCAGGUUUAUGCGGACCCGUUCUUUCGACAGCAGUUGCGUCCAUGGUGGUUGUAGGACACUGGGGACUUGGAACGUUUAGAACUGGAACGUUUAUAACUGGAAAGUGGAGACAACCACAUCGGAAAAAUCCGUUGGGGGUAUGUCAAGGGGGGUGUCGCGUUGGACGUGACGGCUUGUUUGAUAAAUAUGUGGAGGUACAAGGCUGACAAUUUAGGAAUCUCGGGGCUGUAUAUAUCUUGACUAAUGAUUCUGGCAUGAUGUACGUUUUUCAUGUUUUUCGUUACGCGCGCGCGUCGCGCGCACACAGACACACACACACGUACACAACACAUAACACAUACAAAUUUGACGCACACACACGAGAGAGAGAGAGAGAGAGAGAGAGUAGGGGAAUUCUUUUGGCUUCGUGGAGUCUGGUUGGUGUCGGGCGGUAGUUGCCGUGGUCGCUGUUGAGGAGUGAGAGGAAAGAUUGCUUCGUUUUUGCUGCUUCUGGAAGCAUUCGCUGUGUUAUGUAAGGAGGUAGUCGUUUAGGUAGUACUCCGCAGAGGUAUGAUGACGUUGCUCUUACAUUGUAGUUAUCAUUACCUCUCGCCUAUUGCCGGGUUGAGUGGGCCGUGCACUCGUUCUGGUAGAGGGCUCUUUCCGGAUGCUCACGUGUGAGCUCUUUCUAUGUGUUACCUUGUUAGGGUGUGUUUUUCUGUGUAUGUGAAAAUGUGACUGUCUGUGUGCGUGUGUGUGUGUGUGUGUGUGAGAGAGAGAGAGAGAGAGAGAGAGGUAUCAUUUGGGAGUCUGUAAAGUGACUAUUGGUUCUUUGCCUGUGGUUUAUUUGACUGUUAUAAAUAAGGUUGUGAAUAUGUAAGUACGUGCGAGCUUGCUGGCAACGUCCAGCUGCGUCAGCUGUUCAUUUCCGUC